ACAUAUUGCUCAACGCCUUCAAGUCCGAAUAGUUUUCAGGAAAAUAUCUUUAAGUAGAAAUGUCUUCCUACGCAGCUGAAUCAAAGCGUUUAUUCCUUCAACCUCUCAGCGUGGACGAGCAUUUGAACGAUUAUUAUCAGAUCAUGUCCCAUCCCGAAUCGAUGCGGUGGUCGAGAAGCUCUCCUCAUACGAGUCCCCAAGAAACACUCGCACUCAUACUCGCUAGCCAACCCAGCCCCGAGAAGCCAUGGAACACGAGAUACGCAAUCCUGCUUCGAUCCAAUCCCAGCACCCCACUCUCGACGGAAACCCAAAAGCUGAGAAUGAUUGGGGUUGUUGGCACUCCCAGAGAAGCAGAGCUUGCGUACAAGAUCCAUCCGGAUUAUUGGGGGAAAGGGUAUAUGUCUGAGGCACUUCAGAUGUUCCUGGAUUUGUUCUGGCAAUCGGGAGAGCAAAAUUCGUAUGAUCAUUUGACAGCCUUCGCUGAUCCAGAGAACCUUGCGAGUACGAGGGUGUUGGAGAAAGCAGGAUUUCAGAAAAGGCAGCUAUUGAAGGGUUAUUAUGAAAGAGCAGCGCUUCAGGGUGCUAAAAAGAGCGAUUUGCAGCAUUUUGUUUUGGAGCGCCCCAAUGAAUGAUAACAUUAGGGAGUCAAGUUUUCAUAUAUCAAGAACAAUUUCACUUCGCCCGUUG